UGGCCUGUUUUGUCCUGGAGUAGUAUCACUACCGAGAAAAAUAACAUCAUAUAUACAAGUGUUGAAUAAAUGUUUAUAACGGAUAUACGAUUAUUUAUAUAGGUUUACAAAUUGAAGUCGGAGAUUGCUUGAGAUCAUAUUACAUAGAAAAAGUAACAAAUUUGUCAGUUUUUUUGAGUGUAUAACCGCGUAUUCUGAGAGUGACAAGUACACAGUGGGACAGUGGUAAUACUAAUAAUAAUAAUAAUGUAAUACGAAUGUGUUUUUGGAAAGAAAAAAAGAAAUAAAGAAUCGGGAGUGUUGAAGCGAAUAAUUAUUAACGUAUAAGCAACGACGGUGGCGGCUGCAAUAGCAGCAGACUGAGCUCGUUAUUCGCGAAUACGGCAAAAUAGCUGUUAUUCGGAACACAGAUGCGAGUGCAUGGUAUUGUGCCUUUUCCACGACUCUCUCGUGGAUCUUCAUCAUAUCGUCGAUGUACUUGUUAUUGGGAGUAUAAUUCGUAGAAAUUGGCAAACGGAGAUGAAAAAAUAAUGAUGCCGAUAAAGGAUAAUCAGGAUGUGGCGUGCUUCCUGGUAACGAAGCACUCCUGGAAAGGAAAGUACAAGAGAAUAUUUUCCAUUGGAUCAAUGGGAAUAACUACUUAUAAUCCUAGCAACCUGGAGGUUACCAACAGGUGGGAAUACGCUGAUUUUAUCAGCGUUCAACCGACCAAUCGCAACCAAAUGGCUCUUCAAGAAUUUAGCAUAACAAUGAGAAAAGAACGAAAAGUGGAUACAAUGAAAUUCAGCUCGGAACACAGAUCGCAUUUAUUAACAGAAGCUCUUAGAUUUCGUCAUCAGUUUGCGGAGAAACCAAAAGAGAUAGCGAGGUAUCAAGCUUACAAGCAUCAUUGGUCGGACACUCGUCUACCGGUUGUUCUCGAAGUGACACCUUACAGUCUGGACCAAUUGGAUCCUGCGACGAAUCUACCACUGGCGAGUUAUUAUUACAAGGAUUUUGAAGGGCUACUUACAAUGAAAGAUUAUGUGGAUGGUUUUGUCAUAGUGUGUGGCGGUUUUGGUCGCUUACAUCUCUUCGCGUCUCAUCACAUAGAAGAAAUAAAGAGAAAAGUGGUUGAGUCGGCGAUGACGAACCUCGGUAUCGCAAUAAAAAUACCAAAAGACCCGAUAAAGCUCGAAGAGUUUGUGUAUCAGCGAUUGGGCAAAUAUAGCGGCGAUGAGCACAUAACGAGCGUUUCGGAAUUCACCGUACAGAAAAAUUCAUCUCGUCAUUCAGAGCCCCAAAGACGUACGCUUUGCCUUUCCGACACUUGCUUGCUCGAGAGAGAUCCUCAAACUUACAACAUCUGCACGCUGAGACCGCUCUCCGACAUAUUUGCACUGGUCCGUGAUUAUGGAAAUCCUCAACUGUUUACGAUACAAUACUUGAACGGCCAGAUGCGAAGUUACAUGGCAACCGACCGCGAUUCCUUGCUAGCUUCGCUCCUCGACGGUGUCAGAGCUUCCGGCAAUCGAGAUGUACACGUUACUAUGAGCCCGAUCGCUCGUGGCAAGCGACUCGGCCCUCUCGGGCUGCCCGUUGACGAAGAGGUUGAAACUUGUCAUCUCAAGUUCAUUCAACAAACGCCGGGUACUCGAAGUUUCGCCGAAAUACUCGAGCGAUUCAAUGCCAACGUUCCCUACAGCGGACUUCAUUACUCUCUCACCCAAGACGCUUUGAAAUCGGUCGAUUGGACUGUGCCAAGGUCACAGCUUGGGGUGCACAAGAUGAUGAAUGACUACUUACAGGGACUCUUCACCGAGAACAAGGAAAAAAUCAUUUUGGCCGCUCUUAAUUCACUCGUGAGCCGCGAACUCGAGAGCAACGUUCAAGUUGAGGCGCAAUUCCACGCUAUCCGAAGACUGGUCGCUAGUAAAGUUGGCUUCAUGGCGUUCACGAGCCUUCCAGGUUUUCGGGAGGCGAUCGGGAACAAAGUUGUGAAGGCUCUCAAGCGACAAGACUGCGGAGUCACUCAAGCUGCGAUCGACUGUAUUUGCGCCCUGAUGCAGCCGAUGCAGAUCGACGAUUGUGAUUUGCGCCAGGAACAAAUGAACAAAAGUAGCCUUCUCAGCAGUAAUAAAUUUUUGGAAAGUCUUCUCGAGAUGUGGAUCAGUCAUGUGAAUCACGGCACGGGAGCUCUCGUCGUUUCAGCGAUGCUCGAUCUGCUGACGUUCGCGUUGUGCGUACCAUACAGCGAAACAACCGAUGGGAAGCACUUCGACAAUUUGUUGGAAAUGGUCGCCUCCCGAGGUCGAUCGUUGUUCAAACUAUUUCAGCAUCCAUCGCUGGCGAUCGUCAAGGGUGCUGGCUUAAUUAUGAGGGCCAUUAUCGAAGAAGGGGCCCCGGAAGUUGCUGCGAAAAUGCAAGAGCUUGCUCUCGCCGAGGGUGCUCUCCCUCGACACUUGUUGAACAGCCUGUUUACCGUUGGUAGCGACGGACGAAUGCUCACUCACAGGCAGCUCUGCAGACAUCUCGUUGGUUUGUGGGUCACGGGACAUCCGACUGCGAUGGGCCUACUCAAAAGGAUCAUCCCGUGCGGGCUCCUCAAUUAUUUGAGCUCCGAAGACAAAGUGCCGGAUUCUUUCCUUGAGGAGGAACGACUGAACAAUCGUGACAAUCUGAAAAUGGCCAUAGCUCACGCUUCAAAAAAUAAAAAAGGUCCACAGUGGAUCGCGAUAGAGCGGCAAAUGAGAGUGAUGGAGAAGCACUUGGAAAAUGCGUUGCAGCAUUGGGGCGCUCGCAUCGGUUUCGAGCGUCGAGAAAAGGUCAAAGAACGACCGAUUGUACUCCGAAAACGUCGAGAGAGAAUCAAGUCCGAGGCGAAUUGGAAAUUAUUUUAUUACAAAUUCAAUCAGGAUCACACAAUGCCCAAUCUCAUAUGGAAUCAUAAAACGAGAGAGGAAUUACGCACCGCUCUCGAGAAUGAGAUACGAGCAUUCACGUCUGACAAAGAUUUAGCCGGUGGUACAUUGAUCGCUUGGAAUCAUCGAGAAUUCGAGGUUCAGUACCACUGUCUUUCGGACGAAGUGAAAAUCGGUGAUUAUUACCUGAGACUUUUACUGGAAAAAGACUGUCCUGACAGUCCAAUAAGAAAGUCGUACGAGUUUUUCAAUGAUCUUUAUCAUCGAUUCCUUCUGACGACGAAAGUAGAAAUGAAGUGCCUCUGUUUGCAAGCAAUGACGAUAGUUUAUGGAAGAUAUUACGAGGAUAUCGGUCCGUUUUCUGACACAAAAUACAUUGUCGGUAUGUUGGACCGUUGUACAGACAGAACCGAGCGCGAUCGCCUCGUGAUGUUUAUCAACAAAUUAAUACUUCAUCGAAGAAACGUGAAAGAUAUAAUGGAUCAAAAUGGUGUUCGGGCUCUGGUGGAUUUAUUGACCCUUGCCCAUUUGCACACGUCGCGAGCGGUUGUACCGACCCAAACGAACGUAAUUGAGGCAGGUCCGGAGCAGGAGAGAUCUAUGGAAAAAGAGUGGUACUACAACGAAGGAGACAAGAGGAAAGGUCCGAUCAGCUUGACCGAAUUGAAGGAUCUCUACGCCGCAAACAAAUUAACGCCCAAAACAAAAGUUUGGGCUCAGGGUCUCGACGGUUGGAGAAUAAUAUCUCAAGUUCCUCAGCUUAAAUGGACUCUCGUUGCGAAAGGGAGCCCCGUUAUAAACGAAAGCGAAUUGGCCACGCUCAUUCUUAAUAUAUUAAUAACAAUGUGCGAGUAUUAUCCGAGCCGAGAUGCGGACAACGCGGUGAUUAGGCCAUUGCCUCGGGUCAAAAAACUUUUGUCGGAACUCCAGUGCCUCCAGCACGUUGUACAACUUCUUCUUACCUUCGAUCCUGUUCUUGUUGAACGCGUGGCGACCCUGCUCUGCGAAGUUAUGCGGGACAAUCCUGAUCUUUCCAAAAUUUAUCUGACUGGUGUUUUUUACUUCAUACUCAUGUACACGGGAUCGAACGUUUUGCCGAUUGCGACUUUUCUCCAAUUGACCCACACGAAACAGGCCUUCCGAGGAGACGACGCGAAUCCGACGUCUGAUAUAAUGCAACGGAGCAUUCUCGGGCAAUUGUUGCCCGAUGCCAUGGUCAGCUAUCUUGAGAACCACGGCGCUGAUAAGUUUGCCCAAAUAUUCCUCGGUGAUUACGACACGCCCGAGGCCAUUUGGAACUCGGAAAUGCGGCGAAUGCUCAUUGAAAAAGUCGCCGCUCAUAUCGCCGAUUUCUCGCCUCGAUUACGCAGUCACACCAUGGCGCGAUACCAGUAUAUCGCUAUUCCAGCCAUUCGUUAUCCUCAAUUGGAGAAGGAAUUAUUCUGUCAAAUAUUUUAUCUUCGACACCUCUGCGAUACCGUCAAGUUUCCCAUGUGGCCGAUACCGAAUCCGGUCCAUCUGCUCAAGGAUGUUUUGGAUGCUUGGAGAAAAGAGGUAGAAAAAAAACCGCCGAUUAUGACUGUCGACGAAGCGUACAGAGUACUCGGAUUGGCCAAUGGCAAACAACACAACGAGGCAAAUGUACGGAAAUCCUAUUACAAAUUGGCGCAGAUGUAUCACCCGGACAAAAAUCCUGAAGGAAGGGAUAAAUUCGAGGCGGUUAAUCAGGCCUAUGAAUUUUUGUGCAGUCGUAGCUGCUGGACAACCGAUGGUCCUAAUCCUGAUAACAUAGUUCUCAUUUUGCGAACACAAAGUAUUUUAUUCGAGCGUUACAGCGAAGAGCUCAGGCCUUACAAAUAUGCCGGUUAUCCGCAACUGAUAAAAACAAUAAAACUCGAAACCGAGGACGAUCAAUUGUUCUCAAAGUCGGCGCCUUUGCUCGCCGCGGCGAGCGAACUCGCCUAUCACACGGUACAUUGUUCCGCUCUCAAUGCCGAAGAGUUAAGGCGAGAAGGCGGUCUAGAUGUCUUGCUCGAAGCUUACACCAGAUGCGUUUCCGUAUUGAACAAAUCGAGCAAGCAAAACGACGUCGCUGUUCAAGUUUGCACUCACAUUACUCGAUGCUUCUCUGUCGCCGGUACCUUCAAAGGUUGCCGAGAAAAGAUGGUCGAACUUGGACAACUCAUCAAGGAUCUCUGCAGAAUAUUGCAUUUCAAGCAUUUAACAAAGUUAUGCUCAGUUGCGACCGAAUGCAUAUCGUCCCUCGCCUCCGAUAGUAUACUGCAGAUGCAGUUGAUACAAGCAGGUGCGUUGUGGCACCUACUUCUCUUCAUGUUCAAUUACGAUUACACGCUUGAGGAGGGCGGAGUCGAGCGGAAUCAGGACGAUAAUCGUCAAGAGAUUGCCAAUAAUUUGGCGAAACUGGCGAUACGAGCCUGCGCGCGAUUGGGCGGUUACAUGAGCGGCGAGAACGAAACACCCCGCAAUCCGGUGACAAUCGCUGCUCUCGAGAGCCUCUUGACGUCCUAUCUCGCGAGACAACUGUCCAAGGACAAGCCGGAAGAAAUACUGAAAACGCUCAACUCAAAUUGCUCGAAUCCCUAUUUGAUAUGGGAUAAUGCAACGAGAGCCGAGCUCAUGGAGUAUUUGGAAAAUAUGCGAGAAGAGAGGAUCGACGGUAGUGGCGGAAAUUUGGAACACGAUUUCAGCAACUUUGCUUACAGUGCUCAUAGCGGGGAACUCAUUAUUGGCGAAAUAUUUGUUAAAAUAUACAAUCAGCAACCCACUUUUCCCAUCGAGAAUCCCAAAGGAUUUACAAUCGAUCUGCUCGACUUUCUGUCGAAAUCUUCCAACUAUCUUGCCUCUCUUGGAACCAUGACAUUGACGAAGAAGGAUCAGGAAAAACUUGGCUGCAUUGUGAUGUCACUCGAGGCACUGAAAAAUGUCAUAAAAAAUAAUCCUGGUGUAGAGAUGCAGUGCAUAGGGCACUUUGGACUUUUGUUUGGUCUCUUGAGUUGCUAUAACUUCAAGGCUAUACAAAAAGGUGCACUUGAAGUGAUAAACAACGUGACGAGAAACAACGAAUGCGUCAACGAUAUCGCGGCGAACGAAGUCAUCGUUCAUCUUCUUCUGGCGUUAAAUUCUCUCAAAGAGUCUCAGCUCGUUAUUUUGGAAACACUGUACGCUCUUAUGAGCACAACCAAAAUAGUUAAAGAUGCUCUUGGAAAAGGUGCUGUGAUAUACGUUCUCGAUCUAUUUUGCAACUCGAGCAACAUCCAAGUUAGGGAAUGCGCCGCCGAGUUGUUGGCGAAAAUGUCCUCGGACAAAUUAGCUGGACCAAAAGUUAAAUUGGAUCUGUCGAAAUUCCUUCCGAGAUUAUUUAGCGAGGCGAUUCGCGAUGCGCCGAAACAGUGCGUUCACAUGUUCGAGACGAAGCACGAAAAUCCAGAACUGAUAUGGGAUGAGGACGCUAAAGCGAGAGUUUCGAGAAUGGUCACCGAAUUGAAGGACGAGAACUACAACGUUCAACGACGAAAUCCAAACGCCAUUGUCAAAUUGCCGGAUACACAAAAAAAUAUCGAUCUCGCUACGAAUGAGCCCGUCGUUGGUGGUGUUUACCUUCGACUCUUCAUCGCCAGUCCAGCAUGGACUCUUAGAAAACCGAAAGAAUUUCUGAGCGAGCUCAUGGAUACGAUACUUUUAUUCAUGUCGAGAGAAAAUAUUGACCCAGAUAUGUUAGACCUGACGACGCAAGCUUUGGUGUGUUUGCUCCAAGCACAACCAGCUCUGGCGGAUCAAGUUCCAUCCCUUGGUCACAUACCGAGAUUAUGCCGUCAAAUGGCAGUGCGAAACAGUCAAGGCAGUGUAUACAAAUCUGCGAUACUUGUACUUCAUCAAUUGGCCACGAGCGAGAUUUGCAUAUCCUCUAUCUGUCAAACCGAUUGCAUAAAUCCGUUGAAACUUGCGAUGCAAUCCAGAAGAGACAUGAUCGCUGUAGCCUGUGAAACCUUGAAUCGACUGUUUUCGACGAACGAAGAUCGUCUUAUAAAACAGGCACUUGAAGCGGAGAUGGUGCCGUAUCUGCUCAACAUACUUGAGGGCAGAUUAGACUCGAUCGACAACCCAGCAACGACCAAGGCUCAAAUCGUCAAGGCGCUUAAAGCAAUGACGAAAAGUAUACUGCUCGGAGAGAAAGUAAACGCUAUAUUAGAAAGAUCGUCCGUAUGGGCCGAAUACAAGGAUCAAAAGCACGAUCUCUUUAUUUCGAACACUCCCACUGCCGGCUAUCUUACCGCAGGGAUUCCAGUAUCGGCAGGAUAUUUGACCGCAGGACCGACCUCGACGAUUCCGAGCGGACCCCCACCUGUCGACAAGGAGGACCGUUUGAUCGACAGCAUCUGAUACGGGUAGAUUCGUCGUACCAAAACGAUGGGAAUUGCCAUGUCUGUGAUUUCUCUCAUUUUUGCGCGUUCCGCGUCGCCCUUUUUUUUUUACUACGUUCUUAUUCUUUAUAACACACCCGAGCUUAUAUUCACUCGUGAACGAUGUGUGGUGCACGAGCAGACCGACGAGCGUGUACGCGCUUCCUUCGAUACAAAAACACGAAAAUUUUCCAAGUGUACUAAACAUUUUUUUAUUUGACACUUCUUCACCCGUUUUGUCCUCGACAUGAAUCAUCGAAAAUCGAUUAGUCGACGAUGUUUUAAAUUGCUGCCUGUUCUUUCGAUGGAGGAGGGUCGAGACUACGUGAAGAAGAGAAAAUCCAUUCGGUGAAUGCCGUUCGAAUCUUAUUUCAGGUUUAUUAUUUCAUGAAAGUCAUUCUCAUUGCGAACUCGCUGUGAGAAAUUCACUAAUUUACGUAUGUCAAGGCAAUUUUAUGACGAGUCUUGAUCCCUAUUCGUUCACUCUGAGAAGCCAAUCUUGAACCCAUCACUUUCAUUGUUCCAAACUUCACAGGAGAAAAUAAUUACCAAGCAGCAUAAGGAGGAUGAGAACGAAUGGGGCAUAGUGCAUGGAGAAAUGUCUCGCGAACGCUCGGUUUUUUUUCCCGAUAUCGAGAACGCCAACGAGAAUUGAACGAAACGAUUUGGAGCUUUGUUUUCGCGGAGAUGUACGUUUUGUAAAUAGAUUCUAUACCAUUGCAUACGUUUGUGCUUGAAAAAUCAUUUCAAACACAAAGAGUUGAAAAACCGCGCGCAGAAAUUAUAUUCGCGAUCACCUUGAACUCUCAUCAAUUCCAAACAAAAUAUUUGCAACAAUUAGAAGGUGGGGGUUUCGAGAAAUAGAAAUAAAAUCAUGAUGAGUUAGGUUUAUAUGAGUAUGUGUGGAACACGAAUGUGAAUAAAAGCAACAUUGGGGCUGGCGUCCAAAUUUUUUUGUAUCUCUAGUAUACUCGAGUAUUUUCGGUAUACAUAGAAUUGAGUGUACAUAGGACAAACGUAUGUACCUACGAUAUUUGAUUUUAAAUAUGGCGGUGAAUUAAUAUACUGCCAUGUUGUUGUCGUACGUUUCGAUUGUCGGAUAAACACACGGCUGGCCGUUGCUUCGCCGUUCUUUUUCGCACCAAUUUCGUCACGUUUACCAACGACCCACAGAUCGAGCAAACGAGCGAAUGCUGAAAACACACUAUUAUUAUUAUUAUUAUUAUUAUCAUCAUCAUUGCUACUACUACCAACAUGAAAAAUAAAGCAGUAUAUGCCAUAGAAGAUUAUUGUUUGUUGAAUAAAAGUACGCGAGGAUGAAUGGUUGACCCGCGUUAUCCUGUCCAUCUACAAUCAAACAAUCGUAUUGUACAAUUCUUACCAUCCACUAUACGACAUCGAUCGAAACUUAAUAUCACAUGGUAUAAUACAUAUUCACUCAGAUUUUUGGGAUUAUCAUUAUACCACUUUAUCGACAUAAUUUUUUAGUUAUAUGUGUACGCUUGAAUGUAAAAACCAAACUAGAGCGCCGGAGAUACAAAAUCCGUAUGUAUAUGAAAAUGUCAGAUGGUUCGUUCAAUUGUUGUUGCCGCUCCGCAAAUCUUUUACGAGUUUUAUAGGCAAACAAAUAGUGGCAAUAAAAGGCGAUUGACUACUGUUACUGUUUUUUUUUCUCAAUAUUUGACACUUUUGCGCUACACUCUAUAAAUUAUGAAUGAAUGAGACGACGAAAAACGAACCACUCUGACGUGUUAAAUAUUCAUGAUAUAUAUAUAUAAAGUGUAUAGGUAACAUAGGUAAAUAUAAAAAUCGAACGUGUAUCACGAGAAAUUCUUAUACUUACUAAAGAGAGAAAUAAACGAUUUUGCACAAUAA